AUGGAAACUAAUCAUGAAGAACUACUGGACGAAAUAUUGGCUAUUGAAGCAAUAUAUCCAGAUAACUUAGAGCGUAAGGUUGAAGAUUGCUCAAUUGUGAUAAUAAAAGUACCACAACAUGAAUAUAUAAAAAUUCAAAUAUCGUUUCCACCCGAAUAUCCAUCAACGUUGCCUCCUCGCCUAUUGGAUGUUAAUAUAAUUCCCGAUAAAAGUGAUGUAUUUGAUGCAAACUAUUUAAAACAAUUAUUUCAAGAAGUGUUAGAUUCUGUAUUCCAUCCAGGUAUAGUAUGUCUUUUUGAUUUCCUUACUGAGUUAGAUGCAGUUCUCUAUGAGGGAGAGGGACCUGGGGAAGAUAGUACAAGUAAACAACAAGACUUGAAAGAAUUAGUCCCAAUUGAUCCCUUCGAAGGUUGGUUUGCAUCCGAUCCAAUAACAGAUCGUGGAUCUACAUUUAUGGCGUUUGCUACUCAUAUCACAUCUGAAGAAGAUGCAUUUAUGAAGCUAGAUAUACUGAAAACUGAUACAAAAAUGAGGAAAGUAAGUCAUAUAAUGAGCGCAUGGAGGACGAAGGUAAAAAACGAGAACGGACAAGAAAUAAAAUAUCAGGAUUCAGAUGAUGAUGGUGAGGCAGCAGCUGGCUCAAGAAUGCUUCACCUGAUUACAAUUAUGGACGUUUGGGGAGUCAUGGUAAUAGUAGCUAGAUGGUUCGGUGGAGCACAUAUCGGACCUGACAGGUUUAGACACAUUAAUAGUACCGCAAGAGAAGCAGUUCUCCGGGCAGGAUUUAAAAACAGCCAAUAA